AUACGUGUUCAUCGUGGAUCACUUAUGGCCUAAAGACAUAUCCAGAGGCUAACAACGGUAACAAAGUGUCCACGGAUUAGCAUAGACAUGAAGUCCAAUUUUGCUGUGUUCAUUGUGUUCUCUCUUCUCCUGGUUGCCAACUUUAGUUGUGCAAGAAAAGACCUAGGAGGCUAUUGGGACAAUACGAUGAAGGGCCAACCCAUGCCACAAGCAAUUAAAGACCUUAUUGGGGAUCCACAAGCAUCAUAUGCAGGGAAGGAUCGUUUUAUUAGGGACUUCGAUGUAAAGCCUAAUGUCAUACUAUACCAUACCCAUGUUGUGCCCAUGAAGGAGAAGCAUAAGCCUUUAGCCAAGAACCAAGUCUGAAGCGAGAUGCCAUGGUUGAAGCUCCCAUAUAUAGAUA